GCUUUCGACUCUGUUUCGCUGCUCGUGAAAGUACUUGGCCAAGACUCUGGGCCUGGCCCGAACACCACCCACUACCCACGACUCCUCCUUCUCCCGCGCCAGCUCCGGCUCCAGCGUCAGUUGCAGUUGCAGGCCAAUUCGCGGAGCUAGCCAAUAACACAGCUGAAAACUUAUUUAAGGACCGUUCCAAAAGAGCCCCACCGAAAGUCCCCCACCAAAAGGAUAGAGGAAAGGCACGACUACCACAGCCAGAGACAGUUUUCGACCAAGUCAGUUAAAUAACAAGUUUUCAGAGUGUGUGUGCGCGUGCGUGUGUGCCUGUGCAGUAAACAAUAAUUAAUUGAAUAAAACAAACAUUCCAUAAACAAAAACCAAGUCCGUCUAAAGCUCGCGCGCCAAUAUUGCUCCAAUUUAAAUAAACAAAAGAGAAAAAAAUCGGCUUAGCAACAAAUGCAUUGAACAAUACACCGAACAGAUCGUAAAUAUAGAAAGCUUAACAAUCAAUUCCAGCAACAAUUACAAGAAGAAAAACAACAAACAGCAACAGCAACAACAACAGCAACGAGGGAUUAAAACAGCAAGCAAAAACAGCCAUAAAUGUGGUGGGUGCAUUAUUGUCAUUAACAAGCGCGGAUCCCCCCAUACACAGGCCAUACACGGACCAUGGUCCAGCAGCAGCUGCCCGGGGUGGCCAAAUGAAUCACGCUUGAGGAAAGUGCGCUCCAUUAAGCACAACCACAUCCAUAUCCCAGCGAGAACAAGAGACACCAGCGGCACUAAAACGCUUGAUUAACUCCCCGUGGACGCGAGUGGAACAGGUGGACCGUGGACCGUGGACCAUCGAUUCCCCCCCUCCUGGAGCUGCCAUGGCACACUUUUGCUGGUUCCUCAGACUGGGCUUUCUGCUGCUGAUGCUGUCCGGCUGCCGGACACGUCCCACGGGGCGGCAGAGUGAGCUCAUCGCCGGCAAUGAGUUCCUCAAGCUGUUCCUGGACCACGACGAGCAGCAGCGCAGCCUGCACAGCAGCGAGCAGGAGUUCGAGGGCCGGGCGGAGACCCACCGCCAGCGAACGGCCAGCGGCAGGAGCCUGGAGCACAGGACACGCUUCAGGAACACGCUCGCCAACAGCAAGGAUCACGAGGCUCGGGCGGAGAGAGGGGAGGUCGUGAAGCUGGUGACCAGCGGCAGCAAGAUCGUCUUCCUCGAGGACGAGCCCCGCUCCAGCAAGUCCAAGACGAGCAGCGACGAGGUCAAGGUCGUGGCCGUCAGCGUGAGCUCAUCCAGCAAACGGGGUCCCAGUCCCCGCGCCCGCCCCCGCCCCAGCACGAGUUCCAGCUCCACGACUGCCGCGACUGCCAGCGGCUCGGGGUCGGACUUUGUGAAUCGCUCGCACAAGAGCGAGCUCUCCAUCGAGGAGACAGAGCCCCGACUCGCGCCCGACGCCAUGGAGGGGGACAGCGACUCUCUGAACAGCGCCUCCAACAUACAGAGCGUCUUGGCGGCACCAGCACUAGCCGGCACCUUCCCGCGGGGAAGCAACCGAAGCGAGGAGGUAGCCGUCACCCAUGAGGCGGUCGAGGGCGAGGACAAGCUGCUGCCGUUCCAGACGGUGAUCUAUCACGACUCCAAGCAGGGUCGCGGGCCGCAGUCAAGAUCAAUAUCGUACAGCUCCAUAUCGCAGAACGUGGACGAUCUGCAGGCCUGGCAGCAGUCCACCCGCGGCGGCAUCCUGGCCGAGGCCCAGAGGAAUGUCAGCGAGAGCCUGAAGCCCAUUCCCAGGCCCGGACACGGCCACCCUUCGUCCUCGGAGCCGGCCAAGUUCUACUCCGUGCCCUCGAAGAUGUACAGUGUGCCGAGCAAGUUCUACUCGGAGCCAUCCAAAGUCUACUCCGAGCCCUCCAAGAUGUACGGACAGCCGGAGAAGGUCUACUCGGAGCCCUCGAAGGUGUACGGCCAGCCCUCGAAGUUCUACUCGCAGCCGGCCAAGGUGUAUGGGGAGCCCGCCAAGGUGUACGGAGAGCCGGCGAAGACCUACUGGCCCCAGACGGUGACCACCUCCACCGUCACUCCUGGCCCCGUGCCCUCGUCCACUUUGGACUACAGCUCCAGUCCGACGAAGGCGCCUGGAACUAGUACGACUCCCAUGCCCAUAACUGUGCCGCCGGGGGCUGCCCCCAGCACCUUUGUGCCCUCACGUUCCCGGCCGCGACCUGCAAUUGUCUCUCGCAUCGCCUUCGGCGAGGCUCAGAGCACAAGCACCAGCACCACAACAGCAGCCACAGCUCCGCCAGCACUGCCAGCCACCACAUCAGCCCCGGCCAUCGCCAAGCAGCCAGAGUCCAGCACAUCUACCCCCGUCAGACCAACCACUUGGCAGCACCAUUAUCACAGCUACAACCAUCAGCAGCAGCAUCAUCCGCAGCACCACCACCCGACCGCCUCGCCGCCGCGUCGAGUACUCUUCAAUUUGGAUAAAUUGCCUUAUGAUUUAUUGAAUGCACCACAGCCGCAGCAUCAGCAGUCGCCCCACCAUCUACUGGAUCCCAGUCCGAGCCACUUCCAACAGCCGCAGCCACAGCCACAGCCACAGCCACAGCAGCGUCCAUGUUGGGAGCAACGUCAGCAUUCAUCACUGCCGCAUCAACAUUCUAAUCAAAAUGCCAAAGGAUUGCCCAAUAGAGAUCUAGUCAAAUGUAUUUCCAAAUUUGCACACCAACAUGGAGCAUCAUCAUCGUCAUCAGGGGCACCAUCAUCGUCAUCGGGGGCUUCGUCAGGGGCGGCCGGCUAUUCGUACAGCUCCAGCUCGACAAGCUCCUCGUCGUCGUCUUCGUCGUCCUCCUCUCUGGGGCGGCCCCGCGACUCCAUCAACAUGCCGCAACAUCACCACUUUACCACCGAACGCCCCGAGCAGUACACCCCGACCUCAGAGCAGAAUUACGAAAUUGAAGAGUCCGUAAGUGUUAUGACAAACGGACGAGCCCACGGACCGCAGGGCCAGGGCGGCGGGGCAGCGGCUCUGGCCACAGUCACAUCUGCAGAGACUGCCACACCACCAGCUGCCACAACCACAGCCAGCAGCGCGGCGGCAGGGGCAACCACUGCAACCAGUGGUCGCGGCCGAGGCAUAGACAGGGGACGUGGUUCGGUGGUGUACAACGCCGACGCAAAUGCCAACCACGACUACGACGCUGGCCAAGACGACGACGGAGGGGAGGUCGGCGAUGAAUCUGGCGAAGAUGCAGAUGGAAAUGCAGACCGCGGCAGAGAGGGGGCUGGGGCUGGGGCCGGGGCCGGCAACGAGGAGGAGGACAAAGUCGCCUAUGUGGUGGAGGGACGCAACUAUCGCAAGUAUCGGGUGGAGGAGAAGACCGACGACGGCUUCAUUGUCGGGGAGUACGGAGUGGUGGACCACAACGACGGCAACCUGUGGGGCGUGCGCUAUACCGCCGAUUCGACCAUUAACCGCAGCCUGAUCCAGAAGGCACUGCUGGCAUUUCUCAAGCUCAAGUGAGAGCACCUCCUCCUCCUCGUCGCCGUCCUACUCUUGCCGAUACCACUACACCACAACAGCUGCAAAGCGGCAUUCCACAUGUGAUCCAAGUCGUAUUGUAGUUAGCGCGUAGAUUAGCCUAAAUAGAUACACUAGAUAUAGUAGAUACUUAGACUCGUAGAUGUGUCCAGCCGCUGGCCAGACGAUGUCGAUUCCCACGAGAUCAGGAGCACACUCGCACUACUCCUCCUCCCCCACACCGCCCCACCCCCCACUGAGUGUGUGUCUUGAGUGUGUGUGUA